CUCUUUGGCAUCUUCUUCCAAGGCGGAUCGCAGGGAGCAGAGCAUCUUCCACCCGCAGGAGGCCAGGCAGCGGUGCCUAGUGAGAUUCGAAGACUGCUCUUUGAAUGGUUGACAAGUAAACGUCAAGGCCUGAAAAGGAGUCAUGUCAGUACCAUUCAGAAAAGAACUGGAGAAAUACAAGAACAUCAAUGAAGAUGAAAUUCUCAGCAAACUCUCUGAGGAUGAACUGAAACAGCUAGAGUGUGUUCUUGAUGACCUGGAUCCAGAGAAUGCACUUUUGCCAGCAGGCUUCCGACAGAAGGAUCAGACCAGUAAACCUGCCACAGGACCUUUUGACCGAGAACGGCUGUUGUCCUACUUAGAGAAGCAAGCUCUGGAGCACAAGGACAGAGAAGACUUUGUACCCUUCACAGGAGAAAAGAAAGGAAAAGUGUUUAUCCCAAAAGAAAGACCAAUAGAAACCCAUACAGAGGAGAAGGUGACUUUGGAUCCAGAAUUAGAAGAAGCCUUGGCCAGUGCUUCAGAUACAGAGCUGUAUGACCUAGCAGCUGUUCUUGGAGUACACAACUUGGUGAACAACCCCAAGUUUGAUGAAGGGACCACUGGUAAAGAUGGCAAAGGAAUCGUGAAAAACAUAGUCAAAGGUGAAAAAGUCAAGCCAGUUUUUGAGGAACCACCUAACCCAACAAAUGUUGAAGCCACUCUGCAAAAGAUUAAGGCAAAUGAUCCUACUCUCCUGGAAGUCAAUCUGAAUAACAUUAAGAAUAUUCCAAUUCCAACCCUGAAAGAGUUUGCAAAAGCUUUGGAAACCAAUACACAUGUAAAGAAAUUCAGCUUGGCAGCUACUCGGAGCAACGACCCAGUUGCCAUUGCUUUUGCUGAUACGUUAAAAGUGAACAAGACACUCACAAGCCUAAAUAUAGAAUCCAAUUUUAUUACCGGAACAGGCAUCCUUGCCUUGAUUGAUGCACUGAAAGGGAACGAAACACUGACAGAGAUCAAAAUUGACAAUCAGAGGCAACAGCUUGGGACAGCGGUCGAAAUGGAGAUUGCUCAGAUGUUGGAAGAGAAUUCACAGAUCCUCAAAUUUGGGUACCAGUUUACAAAACAAGGCCCAAGAACAAGGGUAGCAGCAGCCAUCACGAAAAACAAUGACCUCGUUCGCAAGAAGCGAGUGGAAGGAGAACGCCACUAGUCUUGCCUCUGAGGAUGUGUACAAGCUACCUGUCAAAGAGUGCUGUUCCAUCAGCAAGCUGAGGAAAUUCACUGGUCUUAAAGGGAGACACUGGAAAGUUUUCAAAACGAGGCUACUAUAUUACCCUAAUCCCUGCCCCUGCCUUUUAAACAAAAUGAUCCAGCAUUAUUUUCUUAUUUAAAAAAGAAACACCUUUUUGAAUCAAUCGUGUAAAGCCAACAUGCACACCACAGGAAUCAAAUCUGAUUUCAUGUGGGACCUCUAAAACCACAGUGAGUUUUUCUUUUAACAACUCCAAUACAUUUCUUAAAGGAAAAACACCCUAAAAGUUCAGGAUACAGAACAGGAUCCUAUUAACAACUGGUCUUGCUCCCCCCAAAAUUCUAUUUGCAUGAAUAAGAAAUAGUUCAUGCAAAGGAAUCUUUGCAAUGCAUUACUACAUCCCUUACUCCCAUUCUGGUAAUCCACAAUCAUGUUCUGAAUUCAGGUCACCCUGGACUCUGAAGCAGGGCUAUCUAAACAUAGUAGCCAAAAUGGCAAUCCACUAGGAAAUCUUCAUGCACUCACCCCACAGAAACAAAUAGGAACUGCUUGGUGGAUUAUGUUUUCAGGGUCAGAACUGUCUGUCUCUCAGUCUUAAAUUCCACCACUUCAUCUUGCUUCAUAGUAAGGCUAGAUCCACUCUGUGUCCAUACAGACCACUACCUUUGUUUAUGUGUGAGGCUUUGUACACAUUGUAGAGUUGAAUGUGACCAAGAAGUCCUUUUAAAACACUGCAAGGCAGGACCAUCCUUCCACCAGCAUCUUCCCACCUCCAAAUAAGUCAGGCUUUGAUUCAGGACUACAGUGUGCCAUAAGCAGAGCACAGAUGCACUGCAAAGAAGAACUUUGCUGAGCAAAGUUGUUGAGAUGAAUCACACAAUGGCUUCAUUCAGAUAGCACAUCAAAACAUAAUAUGCACAAACUAUAAUGUGCACUAACCUGGUUUGCUGGUGGAUUGAGAUAAAAAUGUACAUGUUGUAACAUGGAACAGUAACCAUCCAUCCAACCUAGGGUCAUCGAUCUGAGCACAAGUAAAAAUGCUUUCAGUAGGUUAGCUGAAGAGAAACUGAAUGUGCCCAUGUUCAUGGCCACCAAACCACUCUGUUCAUCAUUGGUGCAAUCUGUGUUAUCUUGUGGGUGCUAUCAAAUCCUUCUUGUUUACACGUGUUAAGUUAGAACAACCACCUUCUCAAUAUGUUGUUACCUUUUGGGUGACAUUAUAUAACACACAUUAGUGUUGCCAAACUUAAAACAACUUCAGGCAGCUUUAAAACAAAGAAACAAACAAAAACAGAAACAAACAAAUAAAUACCAUAAUAAAAGUUUUUCUUUCAGGAAGGCAGAAUCAUCACCAAGUCUCUUUAACAUACAGUAAUGUUUUACUAAGAAAAUGCUGUCUUUUUCAAACCACCUUUUUAGAAACAAUCUUGAUGUUGUGCAUUUGUUACUAUAACUGGUUACUGAGAUCCACUGAUUCUCUAACUGUUGGUAUUAACGUAUCUGUGGCCUGCAGAAUGUGAGUGAAUAGCAGCACUGUCCUACACUUACCUACUAAGAAGCAAGCCCCAUUGGGUUCAAUGGAACCUAUCCUCCAGUUAACUGUACAGUACAUAGGAUUGCAGUCUAAAUUAUCAGGCUGCAAGAGGAACUCAUUUAUGUGCAACCAAUAGGGGAAAAAACACUGAAAAGGAAGCUCCAAUAGGAAUUCCUGAAUAAAGGCACGGUUUCAUUAACAGAUUCCCCUUUCUAAGCUGUUUUGGGAAGUGCUGCUUUAGGUAGAAGCUCUUAAAAAUUUAAUAUAACAAAAGCAUAGGUCUUGCCAGGAAAUGGGAAAAGGAAGGAAGAAGACAAUGACUUAUGAGCCAUUUCACACUUCACAAAGGCACAUGGAGCUUUGACCCAGUCAAUGCUUGUCUGGGUGGGGUGCUGCACCCAGUCCUGAUGUAUGCAUCCGUCUGAUAUACAUUUGUUAAACAUCUAUUUGCCAUAUUUACACUUUACAUUUUUAAGUCUGUAGGCAUACACUUUAAAACAUCUUAGGCGUGCAAGUAAAAUGCAGGCAAAUAUAAUGCUGAAGAAGCUGUUAGAAAGGAUCUGUUUGCCUAAUUUACAUCCUUAUCUCUGAAAUUAGCACAUGUUCCAGGUUCGUGAUAAGGCUGCAGGAACAGCUGUCAGAACCACAGCAGUAGAGCACAGCCUUUGCUGUUGGAUGAUUGCAAAAAAAUGUUUAGUUUGUAAUACAAUUUAGAUCUUUAAUAUGUGCAAAGAUUAAUUUGUAAUGUGUCUUUUUAAUGUUAAUGUUUUCUCAUGUGUCUGUAAAAUAACUUCAUAUUUAUUUCUGAUUAGGAGUACCAGGUUACCUUUAUUUGAACAAACUGCUGCUUAUUCCUGGCUCCUUCCUCCAAUAUCAAAAACCCUCCAAGUAGUACUGCUUCUCUCUGCCUCCCCAUAUAAAAAAGGAGAGGAAGAUAGCAUUUAAAAGGUAUAAAUUAGGUCUUAUAGGCCUCAUACAGACAGGCCAAAAUAAAGCUACUUCAGGUCACUUUGGAGGUAUG